AUGGCUACCCCACCAUCUGUCAACCCCAUAUAUCACGACCCCACCCAGACCCGCAGUCGCCGCAGCUCUAGCCGAAAAAGCUUUGCUUCGACGCUCUCCAGGUCUUCCUCUCAACUCGACUCCCCCCGCACUGCUUGCCCCAAGGACGGCGAUGCCUUCAGCUACGACCCCGCCCAUCUUCGCAUUUGGUAUCUCCCGCAGGAGCUCUGGCACCGUCUUCCGGCUCAACUCCAGUCGACCCUGGCCGCUGUGCAGCACUCUGGAGCAGCUGUUCUGACUGGCUUCGGGCGUCUGGACAAGCACACGGAGGACCUUGACAGCGACCAUCUGGAUCACAAGGUAGAUGAGCUGUUGGUGCACCUUGACGAUCUUCCGCUCCCCAAACUCCGCACCAUCAGCAAUGCCAGCAGCCUCUUCCAAUCAGACUUCUCCUCCCCAUUCACUGCUGGCUCUUCGGGUUCACAGUCAGGCUGCACUUCUCCCGUAACGUCAACUGGCUUCACGCUGUCACAGCCCAUGUGCCCCGCGUCGCCCAUCUCCCUAGGCCCCCCUGAGCUUUCGGACAAGCGUAAGCCCUCUCGUGACCGCUCCUUCUCCAUACCGCUUGAGCCGCACGACGCCUACUACGUGACCGAGCUUUCGCACCUGCGUACUGAAGCCCUUCCCCGUCUCCGUCACAAGUGUCACAAGGUGGACACGGAGUGGUAUGAGACCAAGCGCACUGGAUCCCUGGCCGCAGAUGAUGUCAACGCCUUUGAGAACUGGUGGGCUGAGAAAAAGUGCAUCGUUCUGAGCCUCAACGAGAAGGGCAAGAGUCUCGCAACUGCCCAUGGCCUUCCCAACACGGGCAUGGGCUGGCAGCCGUAG